AUGCUGAUUAGAAAUCUCCUUCUGAGGCUUCUCACCAACGGGCCAGCGAUCUGGCUGCUUCUGCUGCUGCUUUCAGUCAGAACGGCCCUCAAAUACGCGAAAGUGAGGUCACUCGACUGCAAGGUCGCCUACGAGCAGAAGGACGCGAAGAUGGAGACACGUCUCUUCGUCUUCGUUCUGGUUCUCUCCCAUUUGAUGCCACUUCUCUCGGAUUACGCGAAGAUCUCCCUCGAGACACUCGUCCAGCGCGACUGCUACGUCGCAAGCUACGACUUCGCCCUGAAGUCGCAGCCAGGGGCCACGACUGAAAUCGGCCAGAAUCUCCACGCCCAGUGCAGCAGAUUCGCAAAGAGCAUCCGCCUGGUCUUCGUCGCCAUCGGAUACUACGCACCAAUCAAGGCCAUCUGCUUCUGGUUCAAUCAGAGGCAGAUCAGGAGACAAAUGGCAGGGCAUUUCAGUCCGAUUUCUGGCUGGAUCGGCCGUGUCGAAGCAGCACGGCCACUCCGACAGGCAGAACGAGACGGCGGUGGACUUGUUGCGGCACCACCGCUUUCUGGUCGAAAACGGCACCGUCGAUGUCGCCCUUGA